AGGUUUGGACAAAAGGGAAUUCUGUCUAGCCUAUGACUCCUCUGAAGUGCAGCAGCAGUUAUCCUUGAAGGAUCGCUCUAUACUGGAACUGAAGGACAGUAUAGCGAUCCUCAGGGAUAGACGUAUGUACAUGUAGACGGCUGAAUCUGUGUGGAAAUUAAUACUGACUUCUUGUUGGUGGCAACCUGAAGAAUUUGCCUUUACUCCAAUGUUGCUCUGAAAGAAUCUGCAUUCAAAACUCCAAACUGUCAAGCUUGCCAUGAUGUCUCAGGAACAGUACGCACACAGGAGCACCAUGCAGAGCUCAGAAGGACCACAUGUGUACAAAGUGGGGAUUUAUGGCUGGCGGAAGAGGUGCCUCUAUUUCUUUGUGCUACUCCUAAUGAUUUUAAUUCUGGUGAACCUUGCCAUGACCAUCUGGAUUCUCAAAGUUAUGAACUUCACAAUUGAUGGAAUGGGAAACCUGAGGAUUACAGAGAAAGGUUUAAAGCUAGAAGGAGAUUCAGAAUUCUUGAAACCUCUCUACGCCAAAGAAAUAAGAUCCAGUACAGGCAACCCUUUGUACUUCCAAUCUGCACGGAAUGUUACAGUGAACAUUCUCAAUGAGAAGAGUAAAGUUCUUACACGCCUUGUAACAGGUCCCAAAGCAGUGGAAGCACACAGCCAAAAAUUUGAAGUGCAAACCACCAAGGGGAAACUGUUGUUUUCUGCGGAUGACAAUGAAGUGGUGGUUGGAGCAGAGAGGCUAAGAGUUUUAGGAGCAGAAGGUACAGUGUUCCCUAAAUCCAUAGAAACUUCCACUAUCAGGGCAGACCCCUUCAAGGAAUUAAGGCUGGAGUCGCCCACACGCUCUUUGGUGAUGGAGGCACCCAAGGGAAUUCACUUAAAUGCCGAGGCUGGCAACUUAGAAGCCACAUGUAGGACAGAGCUCAAGCUGGAAUCCAAAGAUGGAGAGAUAACGCUGGAUGCUGCAAAUAUCAAACUACCUAGAUUGCCUCAGGGAUCCUAUUCCCCUACUGGAUCCAGGCAAAAAAUCUACGAGCUCUGUGUGUGUCCCAAUGGGAGGUUAUUCCUGUCUCAAGCAGGAUCUAGUUCCACCUGCCAGAUAAACUCAAGUGUCUGCCUUUGAGAGAGACUGUUUGUGGCAGGCAUAGCCGGCAGCACAAUGGCCUUUUCUGGCCUCCCAGAUAAGAGCUGCCAACUAUUUUUUACUACAACACGGAAAGCCUAUCAAAGACUGUUUUUGUGUGUGCGCGCGUGUGUGAAUAUAUAAAUAUAU